AUGAGUUAUUUUCCUUGGUUAACAAUACUUGUUGUUUUGCCGAUAUUUGCAGGUUCAUUAAUUUUCUUUUUACCUCAUAAAGGAAAUAAAAUCGUUAGGUGGUAUACUAUAGCUAUUUGUUUAUUAGAAUUCCUUCUAAUGACUUAUGCAUUCUGUUAUCAUUUCCAAUUGGAGGAUCCUUUAAUCCAAUUAAAGGAGGAUUCUAAAUGGAUAGAUGUUUUCGAUUUCCACUGGAGAUUGGGAAUCGAUCCACUUUCAUUAGGAUCUAUUUUAUUGACAGGAUUUAUCACUACUUUAGCUACUUUAGCGGCUUGGCCGGUUACUCGGAAUUCGCAAUUAUUCUAUUUCCUGAUGCUAGCAAUGUAUAGCGGUCAAAUAGGAUUAUUUUCUUCACGAGACCUUUUACUUUUUUUUAUCAUGUGGGAGUUAGAAUUAAUUCCUGUUUACUUACUUUUAUCCAUGUGGGGGGGAAAGAGGCGUCUGUAUUCAGCUACCAAGUUUAUUUUGUAUACUGCAGGCGGUUCCAUUUUUUUCUUAAUUGGAGUUCUGGGUAUGGGAUUAUAUGGUUCCAAUGAACCCGGAUUAGAUUUAGAAAGAUUGAUUAAUCAAUCAUACCCUACAACAUGGGAAAUACUACUGUAUUUUGGCUUCCUUAUUGCUUAUGCUGUCAAAUUGCCGAUUAUACCUUUACAUACGUGGUUACCAUAUACCCAUGGGGAAGCGCAUUACAGUACAUGUAUGCUUUUAGCCGGAAUUCUAUUAAAGAUGGGAGCAUACGGAUUGAUUCGGGUCAAUAUGGAAUUGUUACCGCAUGCUCAUUAUCUAUUUUCCCCUUGGUUGGUAAUAAUAGGAGCGGUGCAAAUAAUCUAUGCAGCUUCAACUUCUCUUGGUCAACGAAAUUUCAAAAAAAGAAUAGCCUACUCCUCCGUAUCUCACAUGGGUUUCAUAAUUAUAGGAAUUGGUUCCAUAACCAACAUUGGACUAAAUGGAGCUAUUUUACAAAUAUUAUCUCAUGGAUUUAUCGGUGCUACACUUUUUUUCUUGGCGGGAACGGCUUGUGAUAGAAUGCGUCUUGUUUAUCUCGAAGAACUGGGGGGAAUAUCUAUCCCAAUGCCAAAAAUUUUUACCAUGUUUAGUAGCUUUUCAAUGGCUUCUCUUGCCUUGCCGGGAAUGAGCGGUUUUGUUGCAGAAUUAGUAGUAUUUUUUGGACUAAUUACUAGUCCUAAAUUUAUGUUAAUGCCAAAAAUGCUAAUUACUUUUGUAAUGGCAAUAGGAAUGAUAUUAACUCCUAUUUAUUUAUUAUCUAUGUUACGCCAGAUGUUCUAUGGAUACAAGCUAUUUCAUGUUCCAAACAAAAAUUUUGUAGAUUCUGGACCACGAGAACUCUUUCUUUUAAUUUGUAUCUUUUUACCAGUAAUAGGAAUUGGUAUUUAUCCAGAUUUGGUUCUCUCGCUAUCCGUUGAUAGGGUAGAGGUUCUAUUAUCCAAUUAUUAUACUAAAUAG